AUGUCUUUCAGGAAGAGAAACACGGUGAUCAAUACCUCUGCCACAGCUACUGCAACCCAGACAAAGCCCGAGAAUGUAUCAGCUCCUGGCGUGAGGCCGUCACCCCAUGACGGCCGUUCUACCACCUCCACGGGGACAGCCUCGCUGGACAGUCUGCUUGCCGGUCACUCGGGCUUGCCGCUGGGAACGUCUCUUCUUGUUGAGGAGCACGGGACCACAGAUUUUGCUGGUGUUCUGCUCCGAUAUUGUGCCGCUGAGGGCUUGGUCCAGGGACAUCAGGUUCAUAUGUUGGGAAUGCACGAGGGUUGGCGAGCCGAGCUGCCAGGUGUCUCGACAGACUCGAAGACGUCUUCAAAGUCUGAAACUUCAGCGAGCGACAAGAUGAAAAUCGCCUGGAGGUAUGAGAGUUUGGGCUCAGUAGGAGCUCCCAGAGAUACACCACAGAAGUCCAUUAAUGCAUCGUCCGGCUCUGGCACAUUCUGCCAUUCGUUCGACUUGACCAAGCGCUUGUCACCGGUCGACGUAAAGGGCCAGAUUGGAUUUCAUCCCACCAUGAGCAUGCCAAGCCUGACCCGGCAGCCCCAGGGGCUCUCCUCCUCUCCGUUCAAGGUUUUCCUUGGGGAUAUUGCUGUCAAGCUGGCAAAUGCGCCGCCCUCGGGGGUUCAUAGAGUCCUGGUGCCCAACCUCCUCUCACCAACCCUGUAUUCGAGCUCGGCCUGCCGUCCAGAGGAGGUCCUUCAGUUCCUGCACGGCUUGCGCGCUUUGCUCAGGCAAUACCCAAGCAAGCUCGUUGCCCUCAUCACCCUUCCUCUAUCUCUAUAUCCUCGAACUUCGGGGCUUACACGAUGGAUGGAGCACUUGUGCGACGGUGUGCUCGAACUUAUCCCUCUACAGUUGGACCCUGUCCAUGCUCCUCCGCCAGACGCUAAGUCGGAAUCUAAAUCAGAAGAGAAAACCCAGGGUCUACUCAAAGUCCACAGCCUACCAAUCUAUCAUGAGAAAGGCGGCGGCGGCACGGAGGGGCACACGGGCGAGGACAUGGCUUUCAGCCUGAGUCGGUCGAGAGGACUCAUCAUUAAACCAUUCGUCCUGCCGCCGAUGUUGGAGGACGAGGAGAAAGAAAAGAACCCGGCAUCGACUACCAGCAGUAUCGACUUCUAA